GUGUGCGGUGUGCCGUCGCGAGAGCGAGUGAGCGAGCGAGCGAGCGAGCGCGCGCGCGACAGAGUCCGUCCCGUGCAGUCAGGCGGCGAUGCUCCUUUAAAAAGCGGAGUGUACUCCGAGUGCGCGCGCGAGUGAGACAUACGCCGUCGAGAGAGAGUUGAGAGAGUGCGGAGAGAAGCGCGUAUAAGAACGCGUAGUAAGGUGCCUCGUAAGCCACGCCGCGUGCGGACAGGCAACACGAUCCCGUGACGACGACAACGUCGACGACGACGACGGCAACGACGAGGAGCGGAGGAAAUAUGCUGCCGCAGGGGACGACGGGCGCGCUGCUCUACGGCCUGCUGGCCCUGCUGUGCGUCGGGCUCACCCACGCGAGCAUCGCUGCGGCCUUCGAGUCGACACCUUCGAGUUCUUUCGGCAACGAUCAUGGAGCUCCACGACUGGACUUGGAGAGCCUCGAGAGUGGAUACCACGGCCUGGUCAAGGAGAACGAAACUCUGGUCGAGGUCACGCCGCAGAUCCGCGCCUUGGGAACGAAAGUUUGCUCCUUCCGCAUCGCGAACAAGCACCACGGCGAGGCGCCGUUCGAGAUCGUUCUGAAAGAGAAGGGGAUGGCCGAGCUGCGGGCGUUCCGGGUCCUGAAUUGCGAGAAGCGCCGUAAUUACAAGUUCGACAUUGCCGCGGUCGGCUGCAACGGAGCGCAAUCCGAAAACGCCACGGUUCAUAUUACUGUGGUUGACGUCAACGAGUACGCGCCGCAGUUCCUCCAACCGGCCUAUGUCAGCACCGUGGACGAAGGUCGCCUGUACGAGGAAGUGGUCCGCGUCGAGGCGUCCGACCGGGACUGCACCCCCAAGUUCGGUGACGUCUGCAAGUACGAGAUCCUCACUGCCGAUCAGCCGUUCAUCAUCGAUAACGAGGGUGCCAUCCGCAAUACCGAGCCCUUGGACUACGAACGUUCGCACAACUACAUACUCAGCGUGGUCGCCUACGACUGCGGCAUGAAACAGUCGGCGCCGGCGAUGGUGACGGUCAAGGUGAACCGCGUGUGCGCUCCCGGAUGGCGAGGCAUCCCUGAGAGGGUAGAUUACGCCGCCGGCGUCGGCUCGCAACCCCUGUUGCCCUCGGCGCGACUUGACCUCUGCGACGCACCCUGCAUCCUGCGGAAUGUGCGUGCCACUCUGACUUUGGCCACCGAUCACAUUGGCAAGGGUUGCGAUCGCGACACCUACGGGGUGCGCAGCCAGCGGAAACUGUGCGGCGCCUCGCGCGACAGCGUGGACCUACUGCCCACACCUGGACCCACGACCUCCUGGACGGCCAUCCUUUCCAGAGACGAGGGUAGAGAAGCUGAUGAGAUCUUCGAGUUUGACGGCGUGGACUCGGCCGCGAUCGUACCGAACGACGUUCUGGAGCACAGCCUGGCGCAAAAGUUCACCAUCGGCGUCUGGGUCAAGCACCGGCCACGCCCGCGACAGGAUCCCCACGUCAAGGAACAUAUCCUAUGCGCUGCCGACGAUCACAGUGAGUUUUCAUAUAAUUGUGACGAUAAGUGGCAUCAUUACGCGAUCCAGGUGGAUUUCCCGCGCGUCAAUCUGUACGUGGAUGGCGAGGAGUGGCGCGCUGACGAGAAGAAUCCCGAAGUCAUCGACGAUUGGCCUUUACACCCGGCCAAGGGCGUCAACACCACCCUCGUGGUCGGAGCGUGCUGGCAGGGCUCUGAAAAUAAGACCAAACAUCAUUUCCGCGGCUAUCUCGCCGGUCUGUCCGUCCUAGUCGGCCGAAACGAAAAACCGGAGGUCCUCUCGUGUCUGCGCCGCUGCCAGGAAGGCAUUCACGUGCCACCUAUGGACUUGUUGCAACCGGGUACUCAGCUGCUGACCAAUUCCGAUAUGACUGAGGUACGCAUCGAUGGCGACAAUCGCACAAAUGUGGAAAUCCUGCUGCGUCGUAUCGGCUACUCCAACACUCGACGUUUCCCGACGCCCGGCCGCCGUAACUUCCGUCUCGACACAACGAUCGUCUGCGAGGGUAGCGAGAACACGCCCCUACCGGUACCAACCGUGCAGUCUUACGUCACCGUUCUACCGCCUCCUCGACCGGGCAUCACCGUCAACGGCACCGGCUACGUGGCCCGCGAAUAUGCAGAUUUCCGGCUGGGAGUGCGUGUAUUCCCCGAUGCGCGUGUCACCGCUGGGUCGGCCGCCCGAUUAGACGCUUGCGCUGUCAGCGUUUAUCCGAGCCUCAAUCCUGAUCAUGAGAGUCUGGGAUUACCCGGCGAUGCUCUGCUCGCGUUCCACGAUAUCUCCGCUCGUGUCGAUCGGGAUGGCGUUGUUCUCUCGGGCGCAGAUUCACCCUACAAUUAUCAACAGCUCAUCCGUCUUAUAAUGUACACGAAUCGCAAGCCGGCUUACUACCUAGAUCGCGUUUUCAAGCUUACUUGCUCCGAGUUGAGCGGCCGCUUCGCCAGCAAUGAGUACGUGCAAACGUUAGCUGUGAUUCAUCCUAAAGAGAAGACAACUGUCCUGCCGCAUACGACGCCCGGAGAACCGCCUAUUGCCAGAAUUGUCGAGCCGGCACCGGGUCACGCGCAACUCUCGCCGCAUCACGCCGAUCUAACGGAAGAAUACGCCACAGCCGCGCUUCGUGAAGGCAGCAGAACUAUCGGCAGCACUGGCGGCAGUCAUGCAGUGACCAUCGUCGCCGCCGCUUGCAUCGGCUUCCUGCUGCUGAUGGCGGUGGUAGGUGCUGCGCGAGUCCGCGGAGCGGCUAAACGACGACGAUCCGCCGGUGACGAGCUCGCGGCCGAGACGGAGAUGGCCUGGGAUGACUCGGCUCUCGCCAUUACUGUAAAUCCGAUGGAAAGGUUGACGGAACACGAUCAGCAUCAUCAGAGCCAGCGGGACGAGGACGCGGACGAUUCUGGCAGCUCCGACUCCGAGGAUGGCUCGUUCCGGGAUGACGACCUCGACAGCUCUGACUGCGAGAACGAUUGCGAUCUCAGCAACGGCCGGCACCGCCGUCACAAUUCGCCGCACGAUCUGGAGUGGGAUCAUCGUGACGUUUAAAUCAUCCUACUAUCUUUACACUGAGCAUUCACACAUCCCCCUUUUUUCGCGUGACACUGGAGAGGAGUACUGGCCGCGUGCCGCUUUCCGCGCAAAAUUGCUCCGUCGUAUACCGUUUCUUCUCGCCGCGCGCGCGCGCGCGCGCGCGUGCGAUGCUUGUUGAGCAUGUCUCGGAAGUAUUUCGCAAUGAAAAUUCUUCGUACAACUAUCGGCGGCUUUGCGAAUUUAGUUUACUCUCCGCGGGAGUAAAGAGUUUCGGAUUAUCGUGUACGAAUAUCGUCAAACGCGACUUGCGUCCGAAAGAUCGACUUCUCGAAGUUUUCUCCUUGCGCAUCAGAUAUCACGGGCCCGUCGUUAAGAUAUCGGAAGAUAUUUAUUACGCUUUCGAAUCUUCAGAAUAUAGAAUAAUAAGAUUUAACGUUCUUAAGCCGCUUCAUACACUGCUCGAUCUCUAAACGAUUAUUAUCCCUCUUUACUGCGAGAGCGUUAUCGUAUUAUCCGUCCCCUCCGCUCUCCUCUCCCCCUCUCGUAGAUAACGUUGGCAUAAUCAAUGAGGUAACGACAUAAAACGGCAUUCAGUUAGUACUCGUCUUGAGCGCCAGAGAAAACCUGUAAGAGUGCGGGACGCUUUAUCGAAUAGUUAAAAUCUCUUUCUACCUACGAACACACGUGGCUGAUGUUUGGUAGAAUCGGAGAUACACGCAAGAGAUACUUAAACUCUCGUCGGAAAUUAUUCCCGACGGGAAUACUUACGGCAGUUAUUAAUUUAUAUUCUUGAUUCAUCAUUGGUAGUAAUAGGACAAGGGGACUCUUUUUUUUUUAUACUCCUAACUAUCUUUCCUUCUUUUUACUCUAUAUACGGUUAUCACUAUUUUAUUAUUACUAAUCGCCGCGACUAUAUCCAGCUACUUUAUCGAAAGUUGUUUUUAUUAUUAUUAUUAUUUUUAUCAUUAUUGUAGGCAGGACGGCCCGGUAGCGUAGUUGUAAAUGCGUAACGAGUGCUGAGCCGACUCUAUAUUCUUCCUCGUCUUCGACUAAACUUUCUUAUCUAAGGUCUAUUUGAUCUCAUGAAUGUAAUUCUCUCGCAAUAAUUGUGUCUUUCGUAUUUUGAUCAAAAGCGCUCGCGGUACGAGCUGAGGUAAAUUAAUAAACCGGCGGCGAAACGCGCGUGGUAGAUACGAAGAUAAGCUGAAAGCUGCUACUCGCUUCGGUGUAGCACGUGAAAUCGGGCCUGAGCCUGGGCCAUACGAUGCUUGCCCAAGUCAUUACGCCUUCGAUCGUUUUCUUUUCUUUUUUUCUCUCUCUCUCUCUCUGUUU